GAUUUGCGUUCAGUAGUAGAUGGCUUCAAUGGGCUGACAAGGCUGCUCAAACCCUUGAUCUGAUAUUCACGUUCCACGUGGAAUAUAACAAACUUUUGCUUGCAAACAUAUCGAGUGGCCCCAACAUCCUUGGGGAUGAGGUUGAGGGACCGUUUUCUUAUUUAAAAGAUAUUUUUCAUCUUUUACACCCAACCUUGCGCUUCCAGCAUCUUUUGUUAUCCGACAUCUUUUGUUUUCCGUUAAUGAUGCGGAAAAAAGGUUUCUAAAGAGAGUGUGGUUUUGCAAAAGUCUGACAUCUUAAAAUUCCUAAAAACUAAGGGUUGGGACUGAAGUUCAUCAACCAUUCACGAGGUUUGAAAUUAUUACAUUAAGUUACGAUUAAAACCAGCGCACGUAGCUGGUUAAUUUUUUUUUAAUAAAAUUCUCCAUGUUUGUUCCAUCAACAUUUCAAGGAAAGUGAUGGGACGUGCUAGAUGACUAUAUCCUGUAUAGCAAUUAUGAAAUAGUAAGAUAUCCUAGUUUAUCAGCUCUGUGGUAUUUUAAGCUCGUGCUUCCAAAAAGUUAGCUAGCUAUAGAUACCCAGAUAAGAUGUUACAUUCAGCAAAUACUGCUACAAAAAAAUCGCAGUCGUCUGUGAUGUCGAGUACUCAAGUCAAACAAUCUGGGAAACCUUCUCCUUCAAGUCAACGGAGUAUUUUUAUAAACUUUAUUGCUGGUGGAGUUGGUGGCACUGCUGGCGUAGUUGUGACAUGUCCACUAGAUGUUGUUCAAACGCGAUUACAGUCAUCAAUGCUAAGUCUACAGACAAGAAAUGUUUCAUCAACAGCUUUAGCCAGUACUACCUCACAAUCUACUGUGAUUAAUAUGAAUUCAAAUCGCUUUGGACUUAACGUUUUUUGCUAUAUCAAGCACAUGGUAAAAACUGAGGGCAUAGGUGCCCUUUACAAGGGACUGGUUCCAAACUUAAUUGGAAUUGCUCCAAGUAGAGCGAUAUAUUUUUCUGUUUAUACUAAAACUAAAACAUUUCUAACUUCUACUCAUCUUUCCAACAGUUCAUGGACACAUAUGCUUUCAGCAUUAAGUGCAAGUUGGUUGACGUCAACAAUGACAAAUCCUAUAUGGUUUUUAAAAACACGUCUGCAGCUAGAUAUGACUUCGACGGGCAAAAGAAGACCUUUGGUAGAGGUAAUUAAGGAGGUUUUUCAAAAUGAAGGAAUACGAGGGUUUUAUCGUGGUUUGUCUGCAUCCUAUAUUGGUGCAGCAGAAACAAUGGUCUAUUUUGUGUUGUAUGAAAAGCUAAAGAUUUUCCUGACAGAUGUAAAGGUUUUAGAUGAAAAACUUACUUCCAUAGACUAUAUUACUGCAGCAUUUCUUGCAAAGUCUAUUGCAACUGUAUCUGUUUACCCUCAUGAAGUUGCUAGAACUAGGUUACGACAAGAAUCUUCAAAGCUAGGUGGCAAGAAAAAAUAUUAUGGAUUCUUUCAAACACUUGCAAAAGUUUAUAAAGAAGAACAAAUGGCUGGUUUGUAUGGAGGCAUGGGAGCGCAUCUAAUGAGACAAGUUCCAAAUACGGUCAUAAUGUUUCUAACAUAUGAGACUAUAGUAAAUUUUUUUGUCAAUGAUUAACAAGGAUAUUCUCAGCCAGAACUGUUUUUAUGGCGACACAAACCUGUUAUUCUUUUUGUUGCUUCUCUUGUUGUGUCACUACACAUAUUGUUAUGGGUUUAAACAUUCCUGCAUAAAAGUAUUUUGUGUGUGUAUAAACAUUUGAGUUUCAAAAAAAAUAAUAACCAGAGUAGAAUACGGAUA